AUGCAAUCGCUUAUGUCUACAACUGGCUCGCAAAAGUCUCAUAAUUCCUUACAUUCAAUCCGUGGUUAUGAGCAGCGUGGUGGUACCUUGCAGCACUCUCAAUAUAACCGCCCUCGAGCAUCAUCUCGUUGUUCUUCUUUUAAUUCACGUUCACAAACUAGUGGGGUUAAUGAACGAGGUGUCUCCUGUACAGCCCCUCUGUUGCAACAACAGUCCCAUACUCAUCGAAGUAGAGUAUCCAGCUAUCCCUAUGCACGUUCACUCUUAGCAACUGAGCCAAGGACCCGUAAAGUAUCUUCCAAAAUAAAGAGUAUAUUCAAUUCAACCAUCUCAGUCUCUCGAAAUGCCACUUGGAAUCGUGUUACUCAGUCCCUCCCUGAAUUGGGAGCAAGAGCUGAAACCCUGGUAGCAGUAGGACUCUCAGAGACAUCUGCCCCCUCCGUUCAUUCAGAUAGUGCUUCUGAUGUAUCAGAUCACUCGGACUCACCCCGAUUGUCUGCCCUAAGUAACGGUUCUAUUUAUGAUGCCUUAUCCGCAUCUUCCUUUGAAAGACACCGUUCUCUAAAUCAAACACCUUUGGCCGAUUUGGAUAGUCAAUCUCUCGAAACUCACCAGGACAUUUCCCCACCACAGUCUCCUAAUCGUGGUGAAGUAUCUUCUCCUUUUAGUACCCGAGAAACUACUCCAGAAGGCUCAGACCAGUCAUUUGUAUCGUCUGAAUCUUUGUCUCAUGAGACUGAAAGAGACGUCGAACCUAUUCAAGAGCCAACUCCAGAGCCAACUCCAAUAAAUACUCAAGAGUCUGCCCCAAGUCCUAUUGAGGACCAUACCAAAAGUCUUGCUCAAGAGCCUGUCAAGCACCCAGCCAAAGACUCGGCAAAAAAUCCAGCUGAUGACUACAGUCCAAUGCGCACGGUUCCGUCUUCUAUAGUAAGACUAUCUGAGCGCUUGCAAAGUAUUGUUGAAAAGGUAGUUAUGCUGGAGCAGAAACAAAUGAAACCAAAACGCUCUUUACCGCAGUCACUUCUUCCAGCCAAACCGUUUAUUCAGGUACACGAGCAAAUACACACUCCUCUGGUUACCAAACGCAAGGCACAAUUUACGGAGGAUCCUAAAGAUAAAGAUACUAAACCUACUAAGCGCCAGGAGAUAGCUCUACCUCGUCGCUCAGAGCGCCUUGCAGCCAAGAGAAGAAAGAUUAACAUGGAGCUUAGUUCCAAGUCAGGUCCCAAGAAAGGACCCAAGCACUGA